UCAGAGCGGCACAGCCAUGAGCCAGCCGAGCUCCCCGUCCUCCAGACCCGCGCUGACAUUUUUCCCGUCCCCCUAACACCAGCACCACGCCACCAUGAAGAGGCAAAACGUGAGGACCCUCGCCCUCAUUAUCUGCACCUUCACCUACCUGAUUGUCGGCGCCGCGAUCUUCGACGUGCUGGAAUCCCGGAAGGAGACGACCCAGAGGAGGGAGCUGCAACAGAAGAAAGAGAAGCUGCUCAAGACCUUCAAUCUGUCCACGGAGAACUUUGACGAGCUGGAGAAUGUGGUGCUGGAGCUCAAGCCGCACAAAGCCGGGAUGCAGUGGAAAUUCGCCGGCUCGUUUUACUUCGCCAUCACUGUGAUCACCACCAUUGGAUAUGGCCAUGCAGCCCCUAGCACAGAUGGAGGGAAGGUGUUCUGCAUGCUUUACGCCGUCCUGGGCAUCCCGCUCACCUUGGUCAUGUUCCAGAGCGUGGGUGAGCGGAUCAACACCUUCGUCAGGUACCUGCUCCAUCGCCUGAAGAAGUGCCUUGGCAUGAGACGGACUGAGGUCUCCAUGGUCAACAUGGUGAUCAUCGGCUUCAUAUCCUGCACGAGCACACUGUGCUUGGGGGCGCUGGCCUUCUCACACUUUGAGGGAUGGAGCUUCUUUCAUGCUUACUACUACUGCUUCAUCACGCUCACCACCAUCGGUUUCGGGGACUAUGUAGCGCUGCAGAAUGAGCACGCUCUGCAGAACAAGCCGGAGUAUGUGGUCUUUAGCUUCAUCUACAUCCUGACGGGCCUGGCUGUGAUCGGAGCCUUCCUCAACUUGGCAGUGCUGCGGUUCAUGACCAUGAAUGCCGAGGACGAGAAGAGGGAUGCUGAGCAGAGGGCUCUCCUCGCUCAUAACGGUCAGGCGGGUGGACACAUUCACUGUACCAUAGACCAGGCCUCCUCCUCCUCCACACCAUCUGUGUGCGGCGGAGGAAGCGCAGUUGAAGGUAGUGGGGGUGGGUCGGGGAGCCGAGGUCUACGUAACGUUUACUCCGAAGUGCUCCACUUCCAAUCCAUGUGCUCUUGCCUUUGGUACAAGAGUAGAGAGAAACUGCAAUACUCCAUACCCAUGAUCAUCCCACGUGACCUCUCCACUUCUGACACCUACAUGGAGCAUGGAGAGGCUUUUUCCAACACCCUGCACUCUAACGGCUGCGUGUGCAGCAUGCAACGCCACUCAGGCAUCAGCUCAGUUUCCACUGGUCUGCACAGCAUUAACACCUACAGAAGACUCAAGAAACGCAGAAGCUCCAUCUAAACCUGGAGGACUUCAUGCUUUAAAAUCAAGUCCCACCUUCUACUGUGGUACUAGAUUAUCUGAGGAUAUCAGGGAAGCACAACUCCAGCCCUAAAGAGACACAGUACUCCAGAUGUGUGCUUCUUUCUGGCAAGACCCUGCUGCUGUCUCCAGACUCAUGUAUUUAACAUUCAUUAUCUCAGCACAAACCAUUUAGGGAUAACAUAGUAACUGAUUUCAUGAGAAAUAAUGUUAAUGGUUGUUUGAGAAGCAUUCAUUACACAAACUCUGUGACUGUUGCUGUUAGAAGACAGGGGAAAAACACACGUGUGCAGCUCUCUCUGCACUUCUGAAUUCCAAUAUUAAAUGUCAUAAUAUUGAAUUCAGUAUUUUCUUUGUUCAUACGACAGAAUUUCAUGUUCUAAUAUAUAUAAAGGGACAAAGUACACUGUGAGACAUGUUUUUAAGAGGGAUUGUAUAUAAUGCCCCGCUAUGAAGAAAUAUUUUAUUGAAUAAUCCACUUUUUCCAAAAAGACUCUUAAUCUUUGCUUGUAAGAAUUAUACUCACUGCAGUGAAAUUGAAAGGUGUAUAUAUUUGGACACUUAACUUGUAGGUGUUGAGGGUUGAGGGAAAGCUUAUUUUUACAGUGAAAGAUUUAAAUAUAUAUAUUCUCAGUGUCUUCUUCUGUGUGUCUGUAACUAAAGUGCAGGUUCAAGCCAAACUUUCUGGUCCGUUUCAUCUUUUUUCUCUCCCAUGAGAAUACUCAUAUUGAUGGCAUUUAAUAAAUGAUUGGUGAAGAAUGAUCGAGCAGGUUUGGCUUAAAUGUCUUGCUGAAGGACGGGACACUUGUAGCUGUUGUGGAGAUCAAACCUGUGACAGUGUCUCUAACCACUAGGCCUCCCUGCCUACCCUUUCAGACCUCAUCACUAUGAAUUUUUUUUUCAUAGUUUCUUCCUGUGCAUCAAACAAUGUUAUGUGCUUGUUGCUCAGCAUAUGUUUUCUUAUAGAAUAACUAUAUUCUAAUAGUUUAACUUGGAGCAUGUAAGCUGACUUUGUGCAUAGUAGAAAGAGUAAUAUCGUAUUCACUACUGCACCUUGGAAGACUGUUGCAUUAUGGCACUAUUUUAUUUUUUAUUUAAUUGCAUCACAUGUUAUGUAAAUGAUACGCCCUUAUUCAUUAUUUCUUGUGUUCUGAGAUGUUUGACUCAAUAGUCUGUUAUUAAUGAUUGAGAGUAAUAGCAGUACACCUCACUAAUAAAUGACCUCAGAGUUUACACCUCAUUCACUUAGGGGGUCUUUGCUCCAGCCCUACCUAAACACACUUGAUUCAGCCAAUUAAGGUCUUUAUGCAGUGUUAAUUUUUGUUCUGGUUUUAGUUCUUGUCUUACAUAGUCGUUGUUUUAUUUUUAUUUUUUGUACUUUAUGUUACAGUGUCUCAAUAUUUUAGUCAUAUCACAAUACUUCCAAUCACAUUUUCAUCUUUUUCUUUUUUGACUGGAACAUUCUUAUAAAUAUAGAUAAAUAUGAGAAGCCACCAAAAUUGAAUGAUUGACUUGCACAUACAUACUGUAUCUACUGGUACAAACACUUGCACAGACAUUAUACAUACUCAAACACGCACAUACAUACACACUCCUAUACCAUCAUACUCAUUCUCACCUUAUGCAUGCAUGUGUAUGUCUAUCCAUGAGAGUAUGCAUGUAUUCUAAGUCAAGUAUUCAAUUUUGGCAUAGGCGGCGUCUCAUAUAUGAACAUUGUUCGGCAUCUCUCAUGCAUUGAAAGAGGGACUGCUGUUGGCUCUGUGUGUGG